AUGGCCCUCCCCGGAGCCCAGGCAUUGUCUCUUCAAAAACGAGAUGAGCCGGCGGUUUUUAGCUUCCCUGUUCAACGACGCAGAGAUACUAAUUUGGGCCGUUUGCAAGAGCGAGCAGCCACGGCUUCCUCGCCCCUCGGUAUUCAGAAUUCUGAGUACCCUGCUUUUUUUUGCAAUAUCAGUUUGGGAACACCUCCACAGCAGGUGGAGGCACAACUGGACACGGGAAGCAGCUACUUGUUCGUGAUAGCAUCUAACUCUUCAGCCUGUACGGAGACCUCUUCCGACUCGGAAAAAUGCCUUACACCGGGAUCUUUCAAUAUCAGUGCAUCCUCAACAUACACAGCCACCGGCAGUCAGAUCAACGAGACUUAUACAACAGGCACAAUGCUGACCGGUGUACUUGGGACUGAUACAUUAACACUUGGAUCUGCAACUAUGAACAUGGAAUUAGCUGUUCAAUAUGACUUGGAAGCUAUUAACAUCCUGGGUCUCGGAUAUUCAUCCAACAAUUCCUCCACGAGUCUUCCCCAAGCCUUAGUCAAGAGCGGUCAAAUCAAUUCCGCUGCGUACAGUCUCUGGGCGGAUGAUCCUUCCGGAGAUAGUGGAACUCUUCUUUUAGGCGGUGUUAAUUCAGCCAAGUACACUGGCGAGCUGUACACCACGUCCAUUCCUGCCGCUGCUGAUGGAGUCCAUCAUCUACCCAUGGUCCUUGUUUCAAAUGUCGUCGUGCAAAGCAACUCCAGUACUUCUGCUAAAAGUGAUAUAUCUGGGCUGCCAGCAUAUAUGAUAUUGGAUAGCAACGUAUUUUGGACCUACCUACCAGACGACGUUGUGGAAAACAUUUAUCGGGAUCUGAAUGUUUCAUUCAGUCGGAAUGGUCAGAUUGGGGAAAUCACGGAUUGCAGCGUGGGCUAUCAGAACUACAACGUCACCUUCUCCUUCUCUAAUUUCGACAUCAAUAUACCCUUGAGUUUCUUCCUUACUGAAAACGAUGACGGCAACUCAUGUGCGUUCACUAUUGUUCCGAGUGGCGACGAGGCGGCAAUCUUGGGUGCCAACUUUCUACGCUCAGUCUACACGGUUUAUGAUUUGCCCAACAACGAAAUAUCCUUGGCCCAGCGAGACUUCACCAAAUCCAGCCCAGAUAACAUCCUGGAGAUCAAUAAUAGUUCAACGAUUGCCAUUCCCGGAGCCGUCUCAAUCUCGGUGUCCGUUGCUACAACCGUUACUGUUCCCACGGCAGCCACCAUACCUUCUCCCAUAACGACGUUUCCACCAGCUUUGAGUACUGAAGCAAGCAGGGUUACGAGUACCACAGCUGCAAAAAAUGCGGCUCCUACUCUAUCCAGCGUAGCUAACAAGCUUACCGCUGGUUUGAUGGGUGCCUUCAUUUGCUUUGCUCUGUAG